GAAUAACACGCCCCGCCCUCCUGGCCACGCUGUAACCCCGCCCAGGAUCGUCUGCCCCGUCACAUCCCGGAAGAUUCCCAGCCGAAGAGGAGUCCCCGGCGGGAGGCUCCACACAGACACACAGCGCGAGCUCAGCCCUUCACCGGCCAUGGCCAGCUACGACACCAACCCGUUCGCGGACCCCGUGGACGUCAACCCGUUCCAGGACCCCUCUGUAACACAGAUAACCACAACCAGCCAUGGGAAUCUGGAAGAAUUUAACCCAUUUACAGAAAAAUCAAGCCUGACCAAUCCAAACCAGAAAACUGUCCCGGUACAGCCAGUGGCACCAUCCCAGCCUGCUGUUCUCCAGCCGUCAGUAGAACAGACUCCGCAGUCUGUGGCGAUAGCAGCACAAGCUGGGCUUCUCCAGCAGCAAGAAGAACUGGACAGGAAGGCUGCCGAAUUGGACCGGAAGGAGCAGGAAAUGAGAAAUGUUAACAUAAACUUGAGACAAAAUAACUGGCCUCCCCUUCCAUCAUUUUGCCCCAUCAAGCCCUGCUUCUACCAGGACUUUGCUGCAGAUAUCCCUGCAGAUUACCAGCGUGUAUGCAAAAUGCUCUACUACUUAUGGAUGUUACAUUCAUUCACUCUUCUCCUAAAUCUGCUGGCCUGCUUGGCGUACUUCAUUGCGAAUUCAAGUGGAGGAGUGGAUUUCGGGUUGUCUAUCCUGUGGUUUUUCCUAUUUACACCCUGCGCCUUCGUUUGUUGGUAUCGGCCAAUCUAUAAAGCCUUCAGGACUGAUAGCUCUUUCAACUUCUUUGCAUUCUUCAUCAUCUUCUUCUGCCAGAUUGCGAUUUACAUCAUUCAGUCUGUUGGAAUCCCUGGCUGGGGAGACAGUGGAUGGAUAAUGGCUCUAACAAUGGUUAAAGAGCACCUCGCUGUCGCUGUGAUAAUGAUGGUGGUGGCUUCAUUCUUCACAUUUAUAAGCGUGUUCUCCCUUAUUAUGCUUAAAAAGGUUCACUCGCUGUAUCGUAGAACGGGCGCCAGUUUUCAGAGAGCGCAGGAGGAGUUUUCACAAGGAGUUUUAACUAACCGCAACGUACAGAAUGCAGCCGCUGGUGCCGCUACUGCUGCAGCUAGAGGAGCCUUCCAAGGAAACUGAACCUGAGCGUUCCUAUUGUUUUACCACCAACCUCCAUCUCUCCCCGCCCUUCCCAUAUUCCAUUCUUCAGAUCUUACUGGAGAGGAGGCUGGCUCUCCUGCCUGGAACAAUCCAUGCCUCCCUCAUGCAGAUCCCAGCACUCCACCACAUGCCCUUUCCGUCAAGAAGGAAAAAAAGACAUGCUAGAAUUCUUUAUAAAUAUAUAUGUACAUAUAAAUAUUCAACCGCAAUGAACUAAUUUACGUGCUGCUUUUCUUGACUUGUUAUGUGGGGCUGAAUGGCACCUUUCUUAUGUAUGUUUUCACCCAACUUUAGAUUGUCUAUAUGGGGUCGUGGCAACAAAAUGAGAACAGAUUGAGCGAUUUUUCACAUUAAAAAUCUAUUUAAACUGCUAUAUUUUCAGAUAUGUGAAAUGGAUUAAUGCAUCUGUGUUGUCUGUGCAGUAAUGUACUAUACUGCAUUUGCCUGAUACUGUAAAACAACUAUAUUUGGAUCAAUACCGAACGUGUAAUAUAUGUAGAUUCUCUAAUCCCCUCUUGCAAAACUUGCCAUGUCUAUUUAGUGUCUACUAGAUCUGUGAGCUGCAGAAGCCAUUUUUAAAUACCACUUGUAUCUUUAUCAAUGUAGAAAUAUAAUUUUUCAAAUUUGUUUUAAACAGAGCUCACUCAAUGUGGAAUUAUUAUUUUAUUUUUGUAUAUAUGAAGCCACUAUUUUUGAAGAUUGAGAUGCGCAGAUCAGUUUAAACACAUUAAAUGGAGGAUUCCAAUUGCAGCAGUGUGAAGUUUUAGAAAUAAAAUACUGCUGCCAUUUAAAACAUUUCGGUAUUUGAAGCAGGAAAUCUUCGAGAGGUUGGUUUACUGCAGUCAGCAUCCUACUUGUUUACUUGGGAUAUUAGGAAGCCAUGAACUAAAGAUGUCGUCUGGUGGAAGGGGAGGGGGGAUUUACAAAUUAAUGCUGUGAUCUGGCAUAACUGCACCAGCUUUGUAUGAUUUCAGUGCCCUGUGCGGACUAUGAGUGAAAAUCUGAAUAAAUAUUUUCUACAAUAA